AUGGCAUCGACUCUUCCGCCACCGGCUGGCUCCCUCAUCUCUGGGCUUGUCUUCGAAGGCAAGCCUUACGAUGUAACCAGAGAUGACCCUCUAAGGGUGUUUCAGCAGAAUGUUUCUCGAGUUCGUGCAUACAUCGAGAAAAGACUGGCAGACUUUGAUGGACUUGGUACUCUCGUUGAGCUCAAGCUCGGGGACGGAUCAGAGUACUUGAGUCCCCCUAUCUUCAUUGAUUCCACAUCAACGAGUGCAGCACUGCUCGAUAACAUCCCAGAUGAUGUUCAGCCUGGAGUCACGGUAAAUAUUAUGCCGGAGUACAUCCUCGAUGUCAUUGAAGGCCGCAUGCACGCAGUUCACGCCUUUGGCAAGCGCGCAAAGCCUCCGUGUCGUGGGAGCUUCCCAAUGUGCUUUGCUCUGGGCGGACGUCCCCAGUCUGUUGUCAACGCGGAUAAGCUGGAUCCUCAAGAUCUGCCAAAACCCACUGAGGACGCUGAGCAGAUUAAACGCGAUCUUCAGAAAUGGGGAUACGCAAUGGUGAAGAAUGCUCUUUCGGCGGAUCAGGUUGAGAUUCUCAAGGCUGCUGUUGAAUAA